UAUCGAAUUUGAAAUAAUGAAAUCCUAUUGGUUGGUGAACCUAGAGGUUCACUCUAGGGGGUGAACCCAAGAAUGACUCCUACGAAUAAGUCUUUUUUAAAAUAUAAUGAAUUUAAAAUGACACAGUUCUAUUGGUUGGUGAAGCUAUAGAUUCACAUAGAGGGUGAACCCAAGAAUAAGUUAUAAUAAAAAGAUAGCAUCUACCUAUCCACACAAUGUCCUGUCAUGUGAAAUGUGGAUCAAACUAUAAUAAUUACCACGAUAUCCUUUUUUGGCAAUUGGGGUCAAACCCGCUUACCUUCUCCCUCCUAUAAGACGCACUACAUACAUAUUGAAAUCACAUUCACAAAUCCUCUCAAGCCCACAACGAAAAAUAAACAAGAAACAAAAAAAAAAGAAUGUCCUUUCUCAUGAGCUUCUUUGUUAUAGCGUUUCUUAUAAUCAUCAUCUCAAUCUUUUCAUCGUCUUCAACUAAGAAAACUCAAGAAACAAAUGUAAAUGGACCGCCGUCGUAUCCACUCAUUGGUUCCAUACUCUCUUUCAACAAAAACCGUCACCGUCUUCUCCAAUGGUACACCAAACUCCUCCGUCUCUCACCGUCGCAAACCAUCACAAUUCCUCUCCUCGGAAACCGUCGUACCAUCGUCACAACAAACCCAGAAAACGUUGAAUAUAUUCUCAAAACAAACUUUUUCAACUUCCCGAAAGGUAGACCUUUUACUGACCUCCUCGGUGAUCUCCUCGGACAAGGAAUAUUCAACGUAGACGGUCACUCAUGGAGCUCGCAACGUAAACUCGCUAGCCAUGAGUUCUCGACUCGUUCGCUAAGGAGUUUCGCUUUCGAGGUUCUUAGAGAAGAAGUUGAAACACGUAUUGUACCUGUUCUUUCGACAGCAGCUGAUGUCGGUACGACCGUUGACUUGCAAGAUGUUUUCAAACGUUUUGCUUUCGAUGUUGUUUGUAAAGUCUCGUUGGGUUGGGACCCGGAUUGUUUGGAUUUGACCCGACCCGUUAACCCACUUGCGGAGGCGUUUGAUACCGCGGCUGAGAUUAGUGCUCGCCGUGCCACGGAGCCUCUUUACGCUGUUUGGAAGGCGAAGCGUGUGUUGAACGUGGGAAGCGAGAGGAGGUUGAGAGAAGCGAUCAGGACAGUACACGAGUUGGUUUCCGAGAUUGUCAGAGCUAAAAGGAAGAGUCUCGAGAUUGGGACCGGACAAGAAGCCAAACAAGAUCUUCUGUCGAGGUUUCUAGCGUCCGGACACGACAGCGAAGCGGUGAGGGACAUGGUUAUUAGUUUCAUCAUGGCGGGAAGGGACACUACGUCAGCGGCGAUGACGUGGCUGUUUUGGUUGUUAUCUGAAAACGAUGACGUGGAAAAGAAGCUAUUACAGGAAGUGGAGCCGUUGAUGAGUUUAGGGCUAGGGUUUGAGGAACUAAAAGAGAUGAGCUACAUGAAGGCUUGUUUAUGUGAAGCCAUGAGGCUUUAUCCACCUGUGUCGUGGGACUCUAAGCAUGCUGCGAACGACGACGUUUUACCCGACGGGACUCGUGUAAAGAAAGGAGAUAAAGUGACUUAUUUCCCGUACGGAAUGGGGAGGAUGGAGAAUUUGUGGGGGAAGGACUGUGAGGAGUUUAAACCCAGCCGAUGGUUUGAUUCUGAACCGGGGAUUACAGAACCGGUUUUAAAACCCGUUAGUCCUUUCAAGUUUCCGGUUUUUCAGGCAGGACCGAGGGUUUGUAUAGGGAAGGAGAUGGCGUUUAUGCAGAUGAAAUUUGUUGUUGGUUCUGUUUUGAGUCGGUUUGAGAUUAUACCCGUUAGUAAGCACAAACCAGUUUUUGUUCCUCUCUUGACGGCUCAUAUGGCUGGGGGACUCAAGGUGAAGAUCAAGAGAAGAGAAAUCAAGUGACAUUCUUGACUACAUUUUAAUAGAAUAAUUUAGAAAAAUGCAAAAUGAGUGGAUUUAUAUAUUAUAAACUAGAAACUAGCGGUCGGUUAAAGACAUAACCAAACAAAAUUGGAUUGAUCAUAACCAAUACAAAAGCCAACUCAAAUUUGAAUGUAACGAUCUUUUGCAUAUAACUACUUUAGCAGUUGGUAUGGUGUUCUCUAAAAGUCUGGUUAAACUAUGUUUUUCUUUGUGUUUCCUUUCCUUUUUUUCAAUAGAUAACUUUUCCCAGUGCUGAAAACUUCAGAACCUAUAUUUGUGGAUCAGAGCGGAGACCGAAAGGGUAUGUUCCGUGGAUGUCUUAUGACUAUUAGCCAUGUGAUGUGAGAAAUACAUGACAGCUUGAUAGAGCAGCUUGAGAUGCUUUAUGAAUUCGUUUUAGCAGUCUUGUUUAAUGUUGACGAUUCAUAUAUUCUAUUAAAUACUGUUUUCUGCCUCCAAAAAGACAUCAAAUACUAUGUGGCCGCAAGUUUUCCUUGCCUUGAGAUCAAACAAGAAAAAAGUAGUGCUAAAAAAAGUCUUACAAUGCAAUGCAAUAUUCCUUGGUGGGAAACUGUCAGAUUAAAUCAAGAAAUGAUGCAACUAAAUUUGAAACACUCUGUUAAGUCUUCACCAAAACAAUCUGUUGAUCAUUUUAAUACAAGAGAACCUCAAAAUUCUCCCAUCGUAAUACACUGCUCUACAGAAAUUUACAAAAAUAGCUAUAGUUUACUUUUGUUAAUAUAUAUAUAAAAGUAAUUGACUAACAACAACCGACCUUAGCUCAGUUGGUAGAGCGGAAGACUGUAGUCUGUGACAGCAAAUCUUUAGGUCGCUGGUUCGAUUCCGGCAGGUCGGAUAAUUUUGCUUUUCACUCGAAAUUUUAUCAAUGGUUUGGUCAGCCAAUUAAUUAACCAAAUAUUUAUUGAGCACAACAAAAUUAAAGCCCUAGACUAAACCGAGCCAAAUAUAGAUCGUUUAGUGUUGUUAAAAAUAUAUAUACAUAUUUUUUAAGUUUCCUGACACAAAAUAAAUAAGUAAAUAUAUACUUGUUCAAAAAAAGAAGUAAAUAUAUACUUUUAUUUAUAUUUUACUAGGACCGGCCCACCCUACGGACGGGAAGUUAUAAUAAAAAUGAUUUUAUAAUAAUUUAUGAAGUAAUUUAAAAUUAUGAUAGAUUAAAAAAUAUUAUAAACGAAAAAAUAAUGAAAGACUUAUGAGAUCAUUAUAAUUAUUUUUUUUUGUUUUGAAUUAUAAUGACAGUAAAUUUCACUAUUCUCUGAUAAAUAACAUUACAUUUUUAAUAUUUAUUUUAAUUCAAAUGUUUUGUUUUAUGAUAUUCUUAAUUAAACUAAUUUAUUUAAAAAAACUUUUUUUGCGAAUAUGACACAAAACUUGAAGUCAAGUAAUUCAUGAAUUUUUUGUGAUGUAAUUGUAUAUUCCCUUUGUAUGUAUGUUUUGUAAAAUUUUGUUAAGAGAAGUAUAUAAUAAUGUUUAUGGGUUUUGAGAAUUUUAGGGUGUCGAAGGAUUAUUUAUGUUAAGAUUAGUUAUAUUUGAGUUAAAAUAUUUUAAUGAGGGGGUUCAUUGAAUGAUUUAAUGUGAUAGUCAAUGAGAAAAUGAAUUCCUAUUCGAAGAGUGUAUAAACGUCGUGAAUAUCUGAAUAGGGCGAACCACUCCGUGGAUAUCUUUACAGUUCCAAAAUUCAACCAAGGGUAGAAGAAGUGGAAUCGAACAGCCAAAUACGACGCAUUCCAACUGACCUUGAUCGGAAUUCAGUGUGGCCGGUGCAGCAAAUUUUUAUUGGCUGUAGGUUUGAACUGAAGUUGUUAAAACACAGCAGAUCUGUCUUUCGUUCGUCGACAUUAUUUUUGGAGAAGAAGCCGUCUCAUGUAGGAUUCACUCAUGUGUUACCCUACAGCUCAGAAACCCAAUUAUGUUAAGCCCAAAACACUGAUCCGAAAUAUUUAUUAACAAAAAGAGAAAAAUUCAUUAAUAAUUGUAACUAAGGGAAACGGUGAGUAUCAUCCAACCCGGACACGUGUCGGCUUGUCAGGAAUUCACUUUAUGACGUGGCAAAUCAAGAGUGAGGCGAACAUAUUUAUAAAUAAAUAUAUAUUUAUUUAUUCAGUUUAAUACUUAUUUGUUUUCAAUAAAAAUAUAAUCCUCAUAAUUUUACUUCUUAAUUUAUACUAGAUUUUGACCUAUACAACUAGGCAUGAGCGUUCGGGUACCCGUUCAGGUUCGGAUCAGGUUUUUUAGAUUUUGAUUCCAUUUUGUAACACCUCCUAGGUCCCAUUCUAGUAAAUUUACAAGUACGGAUCGGAUUCGGAUAUAACACUUCGGUUUCGGAUCGGUUCGGAUAUGUCCGAAGUAACCAUAUAUCAUUCGGAUUCGGGUUAUAUCGGAUCGGUUCGGGUAUAUCCAAAGUAAAAUCUAAAAUUUAAAAGUAAAACAUAAGAAAUAUAUCUUUCUUUGUAUAUAAUUGAGUAUUUAAAGUGUUUAUUUAAAUUUUCAAUACUUAUUGUUAGAUAUCAUA